AUAUCAAAAUUUUUCAUCCAUUUCAUAACAAGUGUAAAAUAUGUCUAACAUAAUUUGAUCAUCCCACAAUUUGACAGUCAAACCAAUAGUAAACAGUCAGAAACUCAGAAAGCAUAGCAGUAACGCUCAGACAAACCUCGCAGACGGUUGUGUUUAUCGUAAAAAAAUUGUGUGCCUCUAAACGUGCUGUGGAUAUUUUAUUUCAAUUCAACUGUGACGUAAAAAACGAUUCCUCUGCGACAGUUUUCAUUCAGGGACCAAAACCAUUUGCAAUUUUAUUUUCGCAUAUAAUGUAACUUGAAAGUUCGAGAUGGCGGAAGAAAAUAAAAAUGCUCUCGUCGCGUGCGAUCCGCCUCCUAAUUUUAAUAAUUUGGAUGCAACUACAAAUUCAAACCAGCCUUUAGAAAGUAAAGGACACAAUAUAAUUGAUAUUUCCAUUGCUGCUGUAAAAGGAGACAGUGAUAUUGUUCCUGUCAAAGUAGAUGAUUCUAAAAAUGCAAAUGUCAAUGUAAAACAAGAUUUAGUAAGAAACGGUUCGUGCGACGCUAUAGAUGACGUACGAUCUUUGGGGGACCUUGACAGUUUGCCUGUCGGAGAUGACUUGGUGUUAGGCGCAGCGGGAAGCGACAGCGGUGUAGAAGGAUGUGGCAGAGCUCUCAGUAGCGGAGGUGGAUCCAGAUCUUGUGCAUCUAGUGUUGUUUCAUGUGGAUCUGGGUGCGGAUCAGAGAGCUCUUCGUUAGCUGGGGCACCUCCGCGACCACGUCGUCGAGUAAACAUCACCGUUCAAGAACCUAAGAGAAGUUCACCGGUCAAUUUAUCAUCACGACCCGUAACAGCACCUCGUGGCCCUAAUUUGGCAACUCGCGAACGCGCAAGAAGUAGGGAAAAACCAACACCCCCAGAAAAACCGCGACCUCUAACACCUAAGCCCAAAAUACGCCCCACAGCUGAUCUUCCCAACUUAGUUCGAGAAAGUCCAGCUCUUCGUGCAAAACCAACAAAAACUUCCACAGCAAGAUGUCGAACUCCAAAUUCUCCCGUGGAUGAAAAGAAAUGGCCAACCAAUGGUCACGUGCAGCGACUACCAAAUGCAACUGAUGCCUCAGCAACCCGCGUCGCUGCUGAUAAAUAUGGAACAUUGCCACGAAGGAGAAGAGACGCUGAUCCGGAGUCAUCUCCAAAACAUGAAAGUAUACCGCCCACCUCAAGAAGGCCGACCGUCACACGAUCUGUUUCGUCUCGAUCAACUAAAACCCGUGUAAGGAUUUACGCUGAAAAAACAUGCCAGACGGUUCUCGUCGGGGCUGAUAUUGAAUCGGCGCUCGCUGGAUUCGUGCCAAACAUUGAAAGACGGGACGUUACCCUUUGUCACCGCGGAGUUCAGGCUAGCUCACGGGAUACUGAGACAGCUCGGCUAGUAGCAGCAGUAGCGGCAGCAGAGGCAGCAGCAGCUGAGGAGAAGGAGCGAAGACAGCAUGUCGAGACGCAGUUAGCCGCUGAACGUUCAGCACGUCUCAGUGCCAUUUCAGAGCUAGAGAGAAACUCCCAGAGAUUGCUCGAACUUGCCGGCGCUGGCGCUGGCGCUGGCGCUGAAGGUUGUCUGCGAGCUUUGGAAGAACAGCUCCGAUCAGCGCGGGAACUAUCAACAAGACAGCGGACGGAAAUAGACUCGCUCAGGGAACACUGUGAUAAACUACAUGCGGAGUGGUGUCGCGUGCGCGAGUCGCGCCGCGUGUUGUCCGCUCGUCUGUCGGAGGCGGAGCGCGAGGCCGCUGAGAUGCAAGACUUCCUCGCCGCGGAGACCGGAGCCCUGGGGGACUCGCUCAGGGACGCCGAGGCGGAGAUUGAAAAAUUAGCUUCUGAACUAGAACGAAGACGCGGCGAGUGUCGUCAGUUAGUCCGUAUGUGUGAGCAGCGCCGCCAGGAGGCGCUAGCGGCGAGCGCGCGGGCUCGGCGCGGCGCGGGCGCGGCGGCCGCUCUGGACGCUCUCGCCCGCCGUUUGCACGCGCUCACCGAGGCCGUGCGUGCGGCGUACCAGCUGCCCGCACACGUCGUGCACCCGACAGUCUUCCACAACGAGGCGUAUUGCAGCCGUAGCGACAGCGGCGAGACCCUGUCUCCGUCGGAGGAGCCGCUCGGUCUCCUGGGGGCGGUGUCCCGGGCGCUCCGCUCGGCCUGCACACCUCUCGUGCAUAUGAAUCAGCACGAGGACGACCGCUCCAGAAUGUCCGAUGACAACGACAACUCCGCAGACUUGCUAGACUCGGAAACGGAGCCCUGUCUCGUCACCGAUCCGGAAUACGCCGAGGACUGGUGGUCGGGGGCUGAGGGGGUGGAAGGGGGGGACGGCGCCGCCGGGUCCAGCAACGAUGACCUCAGCCCGGAGAGGGAAUCAGCAGAUGUCGACAGAGAGGUGGAGGGGUCCGCUGAGUCUUCGGUGUCGGAACGGGAGUCGCUUCGAAAAUUGUCAGCGGCCAUUUCGAGGCAGCGCUGGGAGGCCGAGGCGGAAGCGGACGAGGCGGCUCGUGGAGCUCUGUUGGACAGAGUGUUGUUGCUGGACUUGCGCCUGGCAGACCUCUUGCGCGCUCUGGCAGCCGCCGCCUCCGCCUCGGCGGCCUCGACCACCACCCCCGCCUCGACUUCUUCACCAGAUACCACCGCUGCGCUCGUUAACGCGCUCAGAGACAAAAUAGAGGUUACAGAAAAGAAUGUUGCCGACGUUGUCGUCAAGAAACUCGCCGAGCUUGAAGCUUGUAAGAACCUCAUAGAACAGUAUCAACAAAAUAUAGAAGCGCUCAAAAAUCAGGUCGUUCAGCGCGUUGAAGAAGACGAUAGCGAGCUAAUAGAACAGGAAUUAAACUCUUGUGAUCCAAAUGAGCGAAGUCGAAGAUGCGAAGCCGUGGAAGCGGCGUUAAGCGCUCUACCAGCACGUCCGCGACUGUUGCCGCUCCGCACCCGACUGCAGCGUUUGGCGCGAGCGUUAGCGCCCGCGUCUCCCCCCACCCCGCCCCCCGCGCACACUUCACCCGCCGCCACGCCAACCGCCUGCACAUAACCCGGGAUGUUAUUAAUUAAGUAUUGUCGUGUUGUGACGAAACUCAGGUUUCACGAAAUUAAUAUGGUUUGUAAUAAAUUGGUUAUUGUAUAGUGUCCAUUGAGAUAUGCGAAUGCAUUGGUUCUUAAGUGGAUUAUAUCAAGGAAGUUGCCUUUUACAAUUUCCUACAUUCUAGAAUAUUCUAUCGAGAAAUUCUAACGCUACACAGAUUGAACAGGUAACAUGUUUUAGUUGAUUUAAAAUAAGAUGGAUGGCAGAUUUAUUAAUUGUGGGACAUUUGUUGUUCAGUAUUUACAAAAUUCUAUUGUCAUAAGCUACUAACUUUUAAUUUUAUUAUAAAGUAUUCACGUGACGCCAUCUUUGAUCUAAGUAAUUCGAUCAUUGAUUAUGACUUAAGUUAUCCUGAAAUUUAUCCGCGGGCGGAUCGAAAAGUAAUAUUACCUACCAUAACAUUAAAAAUUAUUAAUAAACUAGCGCAAAUAGAAAUUUAUAAAUAAAGAUGAUUACUGUAAUUAAUAAUAUUCUAAGUACAAUAUACAAUAAGUAUACUGACAAAAUAUUUUAAACCAAUUUUUGUUGACGGUGCUUUAUUGAAAUUUGAAUUACAAAUAGCUUAAGAAUCUAUCAGGUAUUAAAAAAUCAAACAAUCAUUGACAGUUAUGAGUCAUUUAAACUACAGUAUGUCUAAGAAUACUUAUUAACUGUGGCUUAUUUAAUAAUUAGGCUUGUUCAUAUGAAUUACAAUUGCUUCAUCAUAUAUUAUUAAAUUAAAUUAAACAUAAUUUCUAUUCUAGAAUUUUCUAUGCCAUUUGUUAUGUUUCAGUCAGAACAAUUACUUUGUGUAAUAUUAUAUUUUAUUGUUUAUAUGUAAGUAAAUGACACGUAAAAAAUAAUCACUGACACCAGUUGGUCAUUACUCAUUAAUUAAACAGAUCACAUUUUCCAUAUAAUAAUUUGUUUCUGUAUGUUAAUUUGAUUCUCGCGCCCCCUACCGGUGCCAAAGAAUAUAAAACUUCCGAACCCCGAAUUUCAAUGUCUUCUACAUAUUUAUAAAACACAUUAUGCUUCAAAUAUUACUUCACAUAUUGUGAUGUGAAAUUGUUACCGAAUUAAUAAAAUUAUCCAAAGAUAUAAUGUUGCAAGUAAAGAAAUAUUGUAUUAGCCAUAAAUAUUGUUAGCGAAAUGUUAAUAGGAAAAAUCCGUAAUUUUAGAUAGCGAGUGAUAUAUAACAAAUCGUUUGAUGUCGAUUUGGUAUUCUCAAUAUUUUGGUAAUGUAUUUUUUUUAUAAAUUCUGCUAAUAGUCGCAAACCACGCCAUUUAUGCAAUCAUCCGUCCUCCAUGUCAGCGCUUGCCAUUAAUGACAAAUAAUUUUAUAUAGAUACAAUAUAUUUAAAUUGAGAACAUUUUGUGGUGAUUGAGAUAGGCAUGGGGUAGGAAAUGUUUACAUAACGUUUUGGAAUUUACAACCAUACAAGUAGACGUCGUAGUGACGUAGGUAUGCUCAUAAUAUUGGCACAGAGCUGCAAUAAAAUUAUAUUUUCAAAAGUUCUUAAGCAAUUGGUAACAUAUUUAUAAUUGAUCUCAACCUGUUUAAUGCAAUGUAUGUAAUGUUGUUUUCUUUGAUUAUUGUAGAUGUCAGAUAGAAUACUUUCAAGUAUCAGGUAUUGAAACGUAAGAAUGAUUGUUCGUUCCGAUAAGCAUUUAUUUGUAAAAUCAUUAAGUAUUCAUUAUAUUUGAUAGCAAUAAUAAUAAUUAACAUAUAUCGUUUUGUCUCUGUUAAGUUAUUUUUAUUUCUGUCACAUGCUAUUAUACAAAUCUAUGUCUAAGUGUUCGUAGUUAUAUCGAAAGUCAUUUCAUAUCGGAAGUUUAAAUUUGCCAUUGUGCCAUUAACAUUAAUGAAAAUGUAUUGAAAAUUGCAAAUGUAUUGAAUUGUUGUUGUAUUUGUGAAAAACUAUUGUGUGUUGAAUAUAUGUGAUGAUGGACAAUUUCUUCUCUUGAAAUCUAGUCAAUAAUGUGGACGCAAAAUCAUGGGAUCUUCAAUGGAACAUUCACAUACAAAACUGGACGUAAUGGUAUUCAGUUGUGUCCUCUUGGAUUCAAUUAAGGUCCCCAUUUGCAUGACAUGUUUUUGCCUCUACUAACCGUGUAUGUUUGCAUGUCAAACUAUAUAUGGAGAAAUUAAAGUUUUUCAUUCACAAUUAUGUACAAAUGUUUAUGAGCUAUGUAUUUUUGUAUGAAAAUCUGUAGUUUGGUUAUGCGAUGGUAAAUGGACUGUUUGACGAUAUCACAUAAACCUAGAAAUUGUAAAUGAGACUGAUGUAUUUAUUUUCAGCGGAACGUCUUGUUUUUUUAGGAGAUAAAUGCCUCUUAUUCAAAUGCAAAGGUUCAAUUAUUGUAACGAGAUUAACGAGAUUCAAACGCUUCGUCCAUUAAUGCUUGCUUUAGAUGCUAGGGCUUCUUGGUAAGGAGUUUGAUUGUAACACUAAUACAUAGUCACAUUGUGUUGUAUAUAAUGUGUAAAUACAAAAUAAACAAA